CUCUCUCCUCUCCCCGGGCCUCCUGUUUCGACAUUCCCGUCCUGCUCUCCUCGGAUCCAUCCAAGGCGGGACCAGAACCAAAAUCCACUCGAAAAUCACUGCAAAGGCGAAGGGGCCACCCACAAAUCCUGACCCCGUGGGUCCCGCUUGCAGCAAAUCCUCCAACAGGAAACAGACGCGCGGCUGUUCCGACCGACAUAAGCCUGUCUUCCCCCAGGUCGACUGUUUCGGAGCCUGGCCUGCCCUUUUUAUUCAUGCAAUCGGCUCUUCCUCACAUAUGAAGAGGCACUCCAGGUCGAAUGUGACAGGCCUCGCUACUACCUUCUUGUUCACUGCAUCACCAUCCCGAAUCGAAAAGGUGGCUGCCCAAUAUACGCUAGCCGGGCCCUGAUAACAGCCUCCCUCUUCCGAUCCACCCACGAGGCUAUCUCCUAGUUAUUCUCCGGCGUUGCACUCACACUCACCAGCUGGCGGGCGAGCUGCAGCCUCUGUUGUCCGUCGGGGACUAGUUUUUACCAAGGGAGCCUGUCCCGAGGGCCUGGGCCCCGCGCACUACCCCGUCAGCCGUCCACGGGUACCCUCUGUAGCAGAGACAAAGGAUCCGUUCACCAAUCACCGGCCAUUGGCGAAUGACAUUGCGCCGUUGAGCCACGUUGGAGGCCGAAGAGCGUGGUGACCAUGGCCACCUACACCCAGCUGCACCACUUCGAGCUCGACCUGAGCGCCGCUUGCUACCCAAAUUCGAUAUCCGGCCGACUCAACGAUGUCGUUCCUGUACUAAAGACAAGCACAGCCUUUUUCACAUUUCUCAGGGCAAACCUCGCUCUGCAACCAUCAGCCAUGUCUAACGUCUCCACACCACUGCUUGAGCCCGUGGGCGUCAACCAGGGCCUCACCACGCAGAGCUCGCCCUCACCUCUGUCCAGGCAUGUCACCCACGCCAACGAGGACUCAUCACCACAACCGCAGGCCAACCUCGAAGACAUCCCACCCCUGUCCCUGGACGUCCUCACCACCCGCAACGACAAGGUCGAGGCCCUCAAGCUCGUCGCCGACUCCAUCGCCCAGCAGCGCCAGCGCGCCUCCCUGGGCCUCGUCUUCCACCCGCUGCUCCUCUCGGGGCUGGUCGCCUCCCUGGCCCUGACCUACCAGGUCGCCUGGGCCAGGAAGCCCCAGCCCCAGCGGGACCUGGGCGUCGCCCUGGCCCUCUUCUCGGGCGUCGUCAUGGCCUACCUGCUGGCCAUCCGCUACGCCACCUCGGGCUACAUCCAGAUCGCCGAGUCCCUGGGCUGGGACUGGCUCGUGUCGCCCGACACCGCCGACGAGGACGUCGUCAUCGGCACCAGGUUCGGCUCCGAGCUCAUCGGCGCGCUGUUCCUCAGGCUCGAGCCGACCAGCGGCCACCGGGGCAAGCGGAGGGGCACCCAGACCAUGAGGGGCGGCAAGGGCGUCAUCCGCGCCUGGACCACCAAGCUCAGGUACCGCGGCAAGGGCGUCGGCGCCGACAUGCUCCAGGAGGCCGUGAGGGUCACCCGCGAGAGGUGCGGGAGGGACGCAGAGGUCGGCUUCGCCGCCGAGCAUGCCAACAGCCAGAUGGUGCUGCCCGAGAUGUUCAACAAGCCCUUCCGCAACGGCGAGCGGAAGGCCGCCGGCGCCCUGGAGAAGGCGGUGGCCGAGUGGGAAGGCGGGAGGAGGAAGAGGUGAAAGGGGGUGGUUGCAGGAUAAAACCCUUACCUCGAGUGUGUGCGGUUUAGAAAAACCGCAUUUGGAUCGGAACCGAUCUCGCUCCUUUAUUUUUAAUCACAUAUGAUACCACUUUCGCUUCUACGGCUGAGAAGAUCGAAGAUUUUGGCCCCGAGCCAUUCAUGGGAUCUUUAGGCAGGCAGGACCGGACUGGGCUCUCGAGGGAGUUAUUUAUGAUACCCCAUUACUCUCUUUUCUUGGAUAUGGCGGGUUCUUGACCGCAAGCAGCGGGGUUUAGCGAUCAGGUUGUCAUUAGAUUUAACGGAGUAAUAAAUCCUCUUUACCUUAAA